AUGAAGGUUCUCAUCAUCCUGUACUCUGGUGGCCAGGCCGCUCAGGAGCAGCCCAAGCUCCUCGGCACCACUGAGAACAAGCUCGGCAUCUACGACUGGCUCAAGGGUCUUGGUCACGACGUCGUCGUCACCGACGACAAGGAAGGCCCCAACUCGGACUUCCAGAAGCACAUUGUCGACGCCGAGAUCCUCGUCACGACCCCCUUCCACCCCGGCUACCUCACGGCCGAGAUCAUGGACAAGGCCAAGAACCUCAAGCUCUGCGUCACUGCCGGUGUGGGAUCCGACCACAUCGACCUGAACGCGGCCAACAAGCACAAGAUCACCGUGGCCGAGGUGUCGGGCUCCAACGUCGUCUCGGUCGCCGAGCAGGUCAUCAUGACCAUGCUCGUCCUCGUGCGCAACUUUGUCCCUGCGCACGAGCAGAUUGUCGCCCACAAGUGGAACGUCGCUCAGAUCGCUCGCGACGCCUACGACCUUGAGGGUAAGGUUGUCGGCACCAUCGGGUGCGGCCGUAUUGGCUACCGUGUCCUCCAACGUCUCGAGCCUUUCAACUGCAAGGAACUCUUGUGGUUCGACUACACUGACCUCCCGGCCGACGCCGCCAAGGCUAUCAACGCCACCCGCGUCGCGACUCUGGACGAGCUCUUUGCCCGGUGUGACGUCAUCACUGUCAACUGCCCUCUGCACGAGAGCACGCGCGGCCUCAUCAAUGCCGACGCUAUCAAGAAGAUGAAGAAGGGUGUGUGGCUCAUCAACACUGCCCGCGGCGCCAUUUGCGACCGCAUGGCUAUCGUCGACGCCCUCGAGUCCGGCCACAUUGCCGGAUACGGCGGUGACGUCUGGGACGUCCAGCCAGCCCCGGCUGACCACCCCUGGCGCAACAUGCGUGGCCCGAACGGAAACGGGAAUGCCAUGACUGCGCAUUACAGUGGGACGACACUCGAUGCCCAGGCCCGUUACGCCAAGGGAACCGAGGAAAUUAUCGACAAUUACCUCAACGGCAAGCCCCAGAACCCCGCCAACGUCAUCGUGGCGGACGGCAAGUACGCGACCCACGCCUACGGCCAGCGCAAGUAG